UUUCCUUUUUGGCGGGUACGCGAACGAGAGAGAUUGAGAGAGAGAAAGCGUGGGAGAGAAAGACUAGUAGUAGUAAUAGUAGUGGGAGUUUGUAGGGUGAAGGUUGCCAACGAGGAAAAGACUCGAGAAUGGGAGAGCUUUGAAAGAUCAAAAUCUGUGAAGAGAGAGAAAGAGAGAGGGGUUGAAGCAGGGUGUCUUCUGCCUCUGCCUCUUCCUCUCCCUGUUGGGUUUCACGUCCAAAUCCUACAGAAACAGUUAAGAAGCUGAAACUCUCUAGAAUCUCCUUCAUCUUCACCCCCCGUAACGGCCCAGAAGUGGGGAACCCCGGAAGAGGUCUUAUUGUUAAUGGAGUUCUACGAUAGGAGCGCCAGGGUGGAAGGCUCUCAUACACAUCUGGCCCUAGAGUGGAACCGUACCCCUGCAGAGACCGGGCUCGAAGGACCUUUGUGGCGGCUGAGAAUCGGUGGAGAUGGCAGCGGAGAGUUGUAUCCGGAGCGGCCGGGCGAGCUUGAUUGCCCGUUCUAUAUGCGAACCGGAUUAUGCGGCUAUGGCGGGGGUUGCCGCUUCAAUCACCCUGGAGACCGGAAUCUGCGGCUUGCAGUUUUAGGGGAAUAUCCAGAAAGAGUGGGUGAACCUCUCUGCCAGUACUUUCUGAAGACUGGAACUUGUAAAUUUGGUGCAACUUGCAAGUUCCACCAUCCAAAAAAUGGGUCGAGGAACACACUGCCAGUAAAUUAUCUUGGCUACCCACUGCGACCGGGCGAAAAAGAGUGUAAUUAUUAUAUGAAAACAGGACUCUGCAAAUUUGGUAUGACCUGUAAAUUCCAUCAUCCACAACCAGCUGGCACCUCACUGCCAACUUCUGCACCUGCAUUUUGUUCAAUGGUGCAGUCUCCUUCACUUCCUUCUUCUCAACCAUACGGAGCAGGAGUUACUGGCUGGCAAUUUGCUCGGCCACCAAUUUUACCCAGUUCAUAUGUCCAAGGGUCUUAUGCCCCAGUGCUUUUACAUCCAGGCAUGGUUCCAUUUCCAAGUUGGAGCAGCUAUCCUUCACCAAUGGCUCCUCUAGCUUCUCCUGGUACACAACAUCCUGCUGGUACAGGACCGCUCUAUGGAUUGACUCAUCAGCUAUCCCCUUCUGCACCUGCAUUCCAGGGACCUUUCUAUUCAUCAUCUCCAACCGAUGGUCCCUUAAGCAGCCAGAAGGAUAACAGUUUUCCUGAAAGACCUGGUCAGCCAGAAUGUCAGUUCUAUAUUAAAACAGGGGAGUGUAAAUUUGGCUCCAGUUGUAGAUAUCAUCAUCCACGCGACCAGGCUAUACAAAAAACAAGCUAUGUUCUCAGCCCCAUAGGUCUACCUUUGCGUGCGGGGGCUCCCAUUUGUACAUUCUAUGCACAACAUGGAGUAUGUAAGUUUGGACCAACAUGCAAAUAUGAUCAUCCAAUGGGAAGUAUAGGUUACAGGUCCUCUGAUGUGUCUGUUGCAUCAUAUCCUGUUGGAUUGUCUGUGGCAGCUCUAGCUCCAUCCUCUUCAUCCUCGGACUUUCGAGCUGAAUCGGUGGCUGGAUUAAUCGAAGAUUCUUUAGCUGUAAGUGAGAGCAACAGAGUCCUGUCCACUGAAACUGGAUCAGGUGGUUCGAUGGGUUCAGUUUUCUCAAAGGUAGGGCAGGUCUCCAUUGCGUCCAGUCAUAGUACUGCUCCUCUUAGCGGUGGUAUUGUCCCCAGUGGCGAUGAAUGAGAAUCCCAACACCCAUCCUUACUUUCCUCCUCAACCAGACUUCAUAAAUCCAUCUUACGGACAUUUGCUCCCCAUUCCCUUCAAAAACUAUAUAUGCCUAAGCAUUACCUUGGCAAAACCACUUCAUCCCUUGAUAGCUUUCUAGGUUCUGUCUGAUCAAGGUCUAACCUAAGUUAGGUCCUCUUUAUCUUGUGUUUAUACUUUAUUUUAUACAAGAAAUCAUUGUUAUAUUCAAUAAACAAGCCCCUGUCAAACAGGUUCAUCAAUCUACAUCAAUAAUCUCCUAAUAAGACCAAGAGGAAGUCCCUCAUAAGAACUUUAAUCCUCUCAAGUGCAAUACUGCUCUGAUCUUUUUGGAAGGGUGAAGAUCAGGUAUUCUUAUCAUGUAUAUGGCCAGUUCACCGCUGCCUCACUUUUUGUAUUUUUAGCACUGCAUGGCUUGCUGUUUCUUCUCGAUGUCCUUCCAGUUUUGUUACAAUUUAGCUUCUGUAUUGAAUUAUGGAAGUUUGGAGAUUUUCUUUCCCCUUCUUUAGUUGAGGGAGUGAUGAACAUUAGCGCCUUGCCUCUGUCAGAAGCAUAAUUGGAAAAUUGUUACUUGGUAUGAAGCCUAUUUUCAUGUGAAGGCUUAUGUAAUUGAAAACCAUGUCAACGCUGUUUGUUAUUUAUGACAUAUCUUGGACCAUUUAGUUCUGUUGAAAACUUGAAAUGUAGAUAUGGUGGGUUAUGUUAUCCCGUUA